CACGUUCCCAGGUUUAAUAUCCCAGGCGCGCGUGCAACUCUCGUCGCUGUCGUUUUUGCCUCUUCUUGUGUUUCUUUUUUGCUCGAAAAGCCUGUGUGAAUGUUAUUUAAGAUCCCUUAGCUGUUGGAACCAUGAGGGACAAUGACUUGCCACCCAAUGCUCGCCUCCAUGUCGCUCCCCUGAAUGAAAAUGUGAACAAGGAAAACCUGAAAGCCAAGUUUGCUAAGCAUGGAACCAUAUAUGAACUGUUUGUCCAUACAACAAAAGGGUUUGGCUUCGUCCAAUACGGCAGUUCAACUGACGCAGCUCAAGCUAUCGAAGCAGAAAACCAAGCCGUCUUUGAAGGAAAGAACAUAGCUGUCACUCUUGCCAAUAAAGAUAGGUUUGGGAAAGCUAUCAAUGUAGACGAUGGAGGGAGACAAUCUAACAGCAGAGGACAAGAUCUGUACCUUGAUAGAGAGAGGGAAUUGGGUCGUUACCGAGAGCGAGACUUGCCAACAUUGCGGGAUCUGCUCCCACGUGGACGGGAGCGUUCUCCCCUCCGUGACCGGUAUGAUGACCAUUACUAUGACCGAUACGACCGUGGCCGAGACCUGUACGAGAGGGAUCGUGAAGAUGUUAGGAGGCGGGACCUGUUCUAUGAGGAUCGGCUUCCUCUCAGAGAUCGCUAUGAUGACCGCUAUCUACCAGAAGAUGAAUACCGCAGGGAAGCUGCAUUCAGAGACAGGGAGCGAGACAGGAGUAGGGAUAGAGAUAGAGAUAGACGGGAUCCCCUUGACCGUGGACGUCUUCCCAGAGACAUCUUAGACAGGGACAGCCUUCCCAGAGAUGCUAGAGAUGCUUAUGAUAGGCGGGCACCCCCCCGUCCUGAGCCAUCGAUUGUCGACACGAUAGGGGCCUCUGCUGCCCCUCCUUCCCUCCCUUCAACUGACAAGCCCAUCGAUUGUGAGAUACUCCUAAUGGGAAAGCACCUGAGGGAUUACGCAGAUCUGGUUGAGCGUCGCAUCAAGGCACUGUCUCUCAACACCGGCCUGCUUCUGAUCUCCAACGAGGGUUCGCUCACCCAGGCCCUUGAGGACGUGACGCGGCGCAAAGUCCUGUAUGCCAUCAUCCUGACCACGCAGAACGAGGUGCAUCGCUCUGUCACCCUCAACAUCCUGCACGGAAGCCCUCAAGAACACAGAAACAUGCCGUUAGAAGAUGCCCUGGCGUUAGUCGAUCGUAACUUCUCCGCGUAUCUCCAAGAUCGGGGCUUGCCAACCAAGAGUUCCUCAGGCUCAGCCCCCGCCUCAGCCCUGGCGCCCCUCCCGGGGGAGCCACCCCUGCCUAAGUCCCAACCCCCGGCACCCCCCACACCGCAGCCUCCGGCCCCGGCUCCGGCCGCCCUGGCCGUGCCAGCCGUGGAGCUGACUAUACCCCAACUCAUCAACUUGCUGGCUGACCGCAAGCAGCUCACGCUGAGCGAGAUGGACCGGGUGAUCGCUCACUUGCAGGCGGUCCGGCGUAAAAUGGCCAUAGAGCAGGGCCUGAAUCCGGACCUGCCUACUUCGCCCGCCUCUAGCUCCGCUAAUGCUGUAACCUCGAAUACACAGCAACCAGCAGUGAGCACUGCUGCCGCUCCAGUCGAUAAAAAACAGGCAGAGCUGCAGGCCAAGAUUUUGAGCAUUUUCAACCCGUCAGGUAGCAGCUCAGCCACAGCCUCCGUCACUACCUCCAAGACAUCUACGGCUACAGUGACUGCCCCACAGCCAGUGUCCAAACCAGAUGUGGCUGUUCCUUUUUCAUACGGGGGCAGUCUCUUAUCGGUUAAGAAGACCCAGGCAUCAGCAGUUGCCUCAACCAGUAAGGGAGCCACAGAUAUUGAUCUGGACAGUCCAGACGUACAGAAGGUGCUUGACAAGUUGAUCCAGUCUGGCCCGACGAUGCUGAAGAAACUUGGCACCUCUGCUAAUGGCACGGCCCCUGUGAGCACACUCAGCGGGACCCAGGCUAGCAACAAGGGCAUCAAGGACCCAAAGAGUCAAGUCAGUGGCAUAGCCCCCAAGCCCCUGAGCCUCUCAAAGGAGGAGACCGAGGCAAAGCUGAGAGCGGCACAGCAGGCAGCACUUCAGACACUGCAGCAGCAAGAAACAGCGGCAAGGACCAUGCAGGUCCAGACGGGGCCGCAGCAGCAAAAUCAAGCCCCUACCACUGCCUUGCAGAACCAGUACCAGCAAGCGAUGGUUCAGUAUCCGCAGCAAGCCCAAUUUCAGCAGCAGCAGCAAGCCAUAUUUCAGCAACAGCAGCAAAAUCUUUAUCAACAGCAGCAGCAGCCACCUCAGCAGCAGAUGGUCCAGUACCCACUGCAGCAGUACCAACAGCAGCAGGCAAUGCUACAGCAACCUGGAAUGCCUGGGGCUUCCAACAAAUCCAAGCCCCUGUUGCCAGACCCCUUUCCCAGCAAAGGCAGCGGUUGGCCCCGUGGAUGGCAGCCGCCAGGACUCCAGCCGGCCAGUGCACAGUCAACCAGUUCCCAGCAGGGAUUUCAGGCAAGCGUGCAGCCCACUGUACAACAGAAUCCGUACAUGAAUCCUGGCCCUAACAUGAGUCCACACGUCCCUUAUCCACAACAGAACCAACCGCAGAAUCAACACCAGCAGCAGAAUAGCACACAUUAUCCUCUCAAUCGGUCUCAGCCAAAUCCCUCAGGCAUGCUGUGAGAUCUACACAAAUGCAUCAAAGUUUAGCAGUCGGAAAGGCUUCUGCCUAAAUAUUCCCUUAAGAUUUCUAGCAAACACUUUCAUAGGAUCUUCUCAUCCAUUUAUUCAGAUCUGUGCUCUUCCUAUUUAACUUUCCGAGAUUCUUGAUCAAAUUGCAAUCACUUCAUGACCAAAAAAAACCUGUAUCUUUUAAUUUUUUCCUCGUGAACUUUUGAAUGGCUAUGCCAAACCUCCAAGGGCGGUUGUAAAAACCAUAGUGAAAUUGGAGGAGUUAUUCUGGUAUUAAAGGGUUAAUGGCCUGCAAUUAUGUUGUUAAUGGUAGGAGUCAUCGAGUAAAUUUUUGUAUACAUUUACCUUCCUUCAGUGUUUAUUGAGAUGAGAAUAACCCUUUUUCAUACUUAGAUUCGUGCUCUGCAUCUGUAAUUAACAUCUGUUAAACUUUUGUAAACUUACAAUGUUCAUGCCUUGUGGUAACACUAAGAAAGGAGAGCACAUGUAGAAAUGCUGAACUGAUAUCACUUGAUGGCAAGGAUGUAAUUACUUAACAAUGUUUUAUAUGUUGUUCCAAGAAUUAGUCUUUGACCUGUUACUUCGCUUAAAACAACACUUGUGAUAUGUGUGACACUGAAACAUAUUUUCAGUCCGUGAUUGUAUGAAUGAUUUCCAAGAUAAGGUUUGAACGACGGAGCAGUGGUUUCUCUCAAAACGAUCCCAAGAUCGUUUGAGAAAAACGGUGAAAAGGUUAAUGCAGUGCGCCAUAAAGACAAGAAAAGGGAGUUAUGUAAAAAAUAUACCGUAGUGAGUUUGAAAAAGACAAGCCAUGGGCAGAAGUGAUGGAGGAAUUUUCAAUAUCCAUCUUUAUUAUUUCUGUGAGUGAUACUGUCUUUAGAUUCAACGCGUGAAUGUUAGUUAUGUACAUUUUGCCGUGUAAAGGAAUUUCAAAACAUGUUUUUAUCUUAUAACUACUUGACAGCAGUAGUGGAAGAUAACGCAACAGCUCAAACUGGAAAAAGUUGUACAUACGAAAAUUAAACCUGCUCAAACACAAGGAACAAAUGAAAUGUAGUAAGAUUGUUACAGACUUUAAACUGGCCUUUUGCCUUGUACAUACAAAGUAGCAGUUAGUUCGUCGAAUCUUUGGAUCUUGGAGAAAUUGUGCCCGCAAUUCUGUACUUUACAGGAAAUCCGUUGUGGUAUUCUAGAUGUACAAAUGUUGCUUCAUUCUUAUGUUUUCACCAACUCUCUGCACGUGUACGUGGUAGAAGAAAACCACGAAGCAGUUGUUGUUUGCCUGAUUUCCAAUAAACCAUGUAGAAUGAUUUCGACAGUUGUCAAAUUGA